UGGGGCGGGGCAUGUUUGGCGCAUGCGUCUGGCGGUGAUCCGGCCGGAGAGCUGCUCUGUUGCCGAUUUCGGUGCUGUGUACUGCGAUAUCGGCGCCGUAUACUGCGAUAUCGGCGCCAUAUACUGCGACAUCGGCGCGUAAGGCGUCGCGAACGGCUUUGUGGCUGACGAGCGCGGCGCUUUCAGGGAGCACAGAGGCUCUGCUGCCGAGAAGCGCGGCGCUUUUGCCGAGCAGAGCAGCGUUGUUGCCGGCGGGAGCGGCACAAUUGCCGCGGAGAGAGGCAUUGUUGCUGGUGGCAGCGGCUUCAGCGCAGGAAUUUGAGGAACUAUGCCGAGGGAAAUCAUCACCCUACAGUUGGGCCAGUGCGGCAAUCAGAUUGGGUUCGAGUUCUGGAAACAGCUGUGCGCCGAGCAUGGUAUCAGCCCCGAGGGCAUCGUGGAGGAGUUCGCCACCGAAGGCACUGACCGCAAGGACGUCUUUUUCUACCAGGCAGAUGAUGAGCACUACAUCCCCAGGGCGGUGCUGCUGGACUUGGAGCCCCGGGUGAUCCACUCCAUCCUCAACUCCCCCUAUGCCAAGCUUUACAACCCGGAGAACAUCUACCUGUCAGAGCACGGCGGAGGAGCUGGCAACAACUGGGCCAGCGGAUUCUCCCAGGGAGAGAAGAUCCAUGAGGACAUUUUUGACAUCAUAGACCGGGAGGCAGAUGGCAGUGACAGUCUAGAGGGCUUUGUGCUGUGUCACUCCAUUGCAGGGGGGACAGGCUCUGGCCUGGGCUCCUACCUCUUAGAACGACUCAAUGACAGGUACCCCAAGAAGCUGGUGCAAACAUACUCGGUGUUUCCUAACCAGGACGAGAUGAGCGACGUGGUGGUGCAGCCCUACAACUCACUGCUCACACUCAAGAGGCUGACCCAGAAUGCAGACUGUGUGGUGGUGCUGGACAACACGGCCCUCAACCGGAUCGCCACAGACCGCCUGCACAUCCAGAACCCAUCCUUCUCCCAGAUCAACCAGCUGACCACAGUCCUGGAUGUUAUGAGGCGGCUGCUGCAGCCCAAAAACGUGAUGGUGUCCACAGGCCGGGAUCGCCAGACCAACCACUGCUACAUCGCCAUCCUCAACAUCAUCCAGGGGGAGGUGGACCCCACCCAGGUCCACAAGAGCCUGCAGAGGAUCCGGGAACGCAAGUUGGCCAACUUCAUCCCCUGGGGCCCAGCCAGCAUCCAGGUGGCUCUGUCGAGGAAGUCUCCAUACCUGCCCUCUGCCCACCGGGUCAGCGGGCUCAUGAUGGCCAACCACACCAGUAUCUCCUCGCUCUUUGAGCGGACCUGUCGCCAGUAUGACAAGCUGCGGAAACGGGAGGCCUUCCUGGAGCAGUUCCGCAAGGAGGACAUCUUCAAGGAGAACUUUGACGAGCUGGACACAUCCAGGGAGGUUGUGCAGGAGCUCAUCGAUGAGUACCAUGCAGCCACGCGGCCAGACUACAUCUCCUGGGGCACCCAGGAGCAGUGAGUUCCCCGGACAGGGACCCUUUUCUGCCUUACUGGUUGGCCCAGGCCUUGCCUGACUGACCACACCCUCAGAGCACAGAUCAGGGACCUCCCACAUCUGCUCAUACACACACGUACACUCACUCUCUGUUGGCCUGAAGACACAUUUCCUUUUCCUCUUAUGAGACAUUUUAAUAAAGCACUAGCUAUAAAUCAAGUCACGGGUCUCUUUCGAGGCUUUGGAACCUGGGAAAGGGUAAU